AUGCUGGGGAAACCAGGAGGGACUGUUAAAGACCUAAAUGGUCACCUGCCAGAUCAUAUCCGUGUAUGGGUGUGCAUACAUGCUGCAAGGCACUUUAAUGCCCACCGUUUGUGCGACCUAAGAAAAUACGAAUACGUCUUUCCAACAUGGAUUUUGGACCAAUGGAGGUGUCGCGAGAGAGCAUUCUACGCGCAAAAUGGAACAACCAGCAAGGAUUCACAUCCAGAAUAUAUCUUUGACAGCGAUUUACUCGAUCGUUUGAAUUCACUUUUGGGCCAAUAUGAGGGAAGUCACAGCUUUCACAACUUCACUGUGAGGGCAGAAGCUGAGGGAACCACUGUCACAAGGGACAUAUUACAUUGCGGCACUUGCGGUGUGAUUGAUAUGCAAGGAGAGCAGUUUGUAAGGGUUUCCAUUGUUGGCAGGAGUUUCAUGCUGCAUCAGAUAAGGAAGAUGGUGGGUCUUGUCAUUGCAAUGGCAAGAUAUAUCGCUCCUGAGUUCUGCUUGAAAGCGGCGCUGGCACCGCAGAAUGUCAUGGCAGUUCCUGUGGCUCCAGAAGUUGGUCUCAUGCUGGUUGAAUGCGUGUACGAUGAAUACAACAAGCAAAACAACCACGCAUGCAUUUCACUACAGCAGUUUCAAGAUGAAGCGUUAGUUUUCAAGGACAAGCUCAUCUACCCAUCGAUUGCUCGACGAACGAGAGAUUUGAAAGUAUUUGAGAACUGGCUUCCCACAGUGAAUGAUAACGCUUUCAAGUUUUCUACCUGGAAUCGUAGCGGGGGUGCACUGCCAAAUGGGAGCAGCCGUGCAUAG